AUGCGCUACAGGUUAACAGAGAUCGACCAGUGGGCGGUCGUUCAUGACGUUGUCUGGCACCUGCAGGCGCGAUACCCGCGCUCUGUGUCGUGGGCGCCUGAGCUCUUCAACGCGGCAGAGCGCCAGCGUGUUGAACUACAGUUGGAGAGGCUCAUACGGCAGAAACUAGACCACCUGAACCAGGGUUCUCCAGGAGCCGUCGAUAACCCUCCGGUGUCCCGCCCUCGCACGCGCAAGGAACUCAUUCGCCUCAACUUACCCGCUCGCGGCUACGAUAGCGACCUGCGUGAGCUGGGCGAAGCUUCAAGCGGGCUCCUCGCCAAUAGACCGUCAGGCGAUGGAGAAUACAGAUGCGAGGUUAGCGGGACAGGCAACGUCUGGUACUUGAGUCGCAGCGGCUACGUUCUCGCCGUGCACGAGCACCCGGCGGUCGCAUGGGCGAGCUACCUGAGCGCUCUGUACGACGCGUCAGAAGGUCGCCGAGCUGUAGCGCCUGACCCCCACAAGAUAACGCCUCUGGACUUAUUCGUCGACGACGUAGCUUCUUGGAUUCCUCGCGCUCAGCGCUAA